GAACAGAUGUCAUUUACCGUGCAAAUUAUCAUCUAGAAGCUACGCAAUCUAAAUGGGAAGCUUUGUAACAGUGUUUCUUUAUCGAUGGAAGUUUCUUUUGAAUCGAUUAUGUUUAAAAGGAUUCGAGGACGAUCCAUUUGCCUUCGUGGACAUCAUAUCGAUAAUUGGAGGGAUCUACUACAAAUCAGAGAAUGUUUGGAAACAACGCAUUUGGAAAAUCUAUCGCAUUUUUGCCAGCAUACAUUUUCUCAUUCCACUACUGUACUCGAUUGAGAAUGUGCUUAAAGAUACUGAUAUUGUUUCCUUGAUUUGGUGUGGAAUUGUGAUUUGCGUUGGACUCAGUAUCUGUGUAAAUGAAAUAAUUCUACGUAGAUCGUAUAAGGCACUUGUCAAAAUUCGGAAAUUUAUAAACGACAAAUCAAACGCAACCAGCGACCCUCAAUUCGAUUCUUCAAUCAGAAACGUCUUUUCUCAAAUAUCGCAAAUCGCAUCACUGAUAGUGAUAGCAAUGAUUAUCGUGGAUGAAAUACUUUCACCAGUUGUUGCAAUGCAUGAAGAUAGAUAUUUUGGUUUACCGAGAUUCCUUUCCACUUCAAACUCGAUUGCUAAAGGGAUGACUCGCUUUGUGUACUUGAUUGUGUUUAUACCGAUCUGGGUUUCCAAAGUGUUCAACGCAGCUGUGGAGAUCACUGCUCUAGUUGUUGGGUGCCGAUCAGAACUCAAAAUUUUUACCAAAGGUUUUGAGGAGUUCUUGGAUGAUACAAGGGAGCAAGCCGAAACUUUACCACGAGAAGUCUUUUGGAAGUGUUUUAAAAUUAAAUUGAGAUUCCAAAUAGAACUUCACGUUUCACUUGUCAAUACCCAGCGUAUGGUUAACGAAUUACUCAGCCAAUUUUUCAUGGUCACCUAUUAUCGCGAUGUGAUCGUCAUUGGGUCCAUGAUUUUCAUCAUUUUGAGCGAAGGAUUCUCUGCCAAAAGUGGAGUAAUCGUGCUAUCGAUUUUGACAUUUUUUGCCGAAUGCUGGUGGUUGAGUAUGUUAUCCGAAUUCUUCGAUGACAGUACUGAAACCCUUGAGGAACUUAUGGAUGAUCUUAUGGUGACAAUACCGUACUCAAAGGAGAACCAUUCCGACUAUCAGCAGCUGAGAACGACUUUGACCGUAAUAAAGAUGAACGCGCACGAAUGCACAUCCGUCAAAUAUGCCGGAGUCUUUCUUAUAAGCAUCGAGACUUUCAGUCAGUUGGUUGAUAUUUCAUACUCGGUAUUGACCUUCUUGUUGAAUAUUGGCGUUUAAGAGAUUUUAAGUCAUUGAUUGAAAAGAUAAUAAUCAAACCUCCACGAAGGAAUCAUCAACUCGUGGAAUCAUCGUCAUCAUCAUCACCAUCAUCAUCAUCACCAUCAUCAUAUUCACCAGAGGACUAUUACAGUAAUUAUGCAAAUUAUUUUAGUGUGAUUUGUUACGUAAAUAAAAUUCGUGCCCGCAAAAUUGAUUUUUUAUGACCAUUCCUAAGUAAAUAUCAAAUAGAAUAAAACAGGACAAAGUUAGUGUAAAGUAAGGUCAUAUUUAUCUUGCGGUCGCUAUAUAUCUUGUGAGGUUGAUUACGACGAGCGAUGAAA